GUGAUUGGUGCUUAUUGCUGAUUGACUAGAUUAGCUUAUCAGGGAAUACCAUCAACAAAACCUCCGGUGCGGCCACGUGGCGUAAGGAUGGUGAACCACCGAGUGGCCUUUCGCAAACUUGGCCGUACAAGCAGCCAUAGAUGGAGCAUGCUGCGGACGAUGGUGUCACAGCUAAUCCAGCACGAGCGGAUCGAGACGACGCUGCCGAAGGCGAAAGAGCUGCGCAGAGUGGCGGACAACGUAGUGCAGCUUGGCAAAGAAGGAACGCUGGCAGCGCGAAGGAGAGCGGCCGCCGUCGUGCGCACUGAUGAGGUUCUGCAUAAAGUCUUCAGUGAGCUGGCAGAUAGGUACAGGGAGAGAGCGGGAGGAUAUACACGUGUCCUGGCCACAAGAAUCAGACAAGGGGAUGCGGCCACGAUGGCAUACAUCGAGCUCAUCGAUCGGCCGAACGAGCUUCGGGAAUGCCGACCGCCGAAGACUCCGCCGCCAGAGAGGCGGCCGAUGGCGCCAUGGGCGCGCUCGUAUCUGGGGCGCUGGUGGGCUCCGUACCAGGAGCGGAAAGGGAACCAGGUUCACGACAACGCCACUCCCGCCAAUUCAUCAUCCCUUGAAGAUGGGUCGGCCCAGGACACUGCUCUGCCGUGCAAAUGAGAUCGACAAAACCCUAAGGGGAGUUUUGGCGGCGCAUAGGCGUAGUAGGUAGGGUUGCACGGGAGGCGAGAGUCGAGGGGCGAAGGGAAGGUUACUGUUAUUCUGCGUGGCUGCGUGCGUGUAUGUGUGCGUAUGCGUCUGCUGCGUAUGAGGGAGGGAGGGCGUGGGUGUGGGUGCGUGGGUGUGCGACUCGGUGGGAGUACGCGUGCGUGCGUACGUACGUACGUCUGUAUCAGUCCUUGCAUGGAUGUUGGAAGGGCUCAAAUUCUGUCCAGUUGGCGGAGGCCCGGGGCGAAUCUGUUGAAAGGAGGUGGGGAAAAGAAGGGGGGGAAGGGGGGGGAAGCGAGGGGAGGGGUAGAGGAAGAGGAGGGGAAGAAAAGAAGGGCUUUGUAAGAGGUCACCAUCAGUAUAAGUUUGUAACCCUCAGGAGUGUUUUUUCCGUUGAACAGGAAAUGGAUCGAUCCCAAGCUGUGCGUGAGCUCAAGCAAGCGGUCAGGAAAAAGACGAGAAAAUGAUCAACCUGAAAUAAUGUGAAAAAUGAUCAACCUGAAAUAAUGUGAAAUUCGAUAUCUGUCUUCCUCAGAAGAAAUAACACAAAUCAGAGUACUGUCAAUAUCGCAGAUAAAGUCCGCUCAGUCCC